AAAUAUAAAAAAAAAGAAAAGCAGCAACAGCAACAGUGCUGCGCCUCCCUCCCCUGGUUUUCUGGAUUUCUACUUUCAACUUUUUCCAAAACAAGCUUUAAGUCUUCACCAUCUAAUACUCCAAACAAAAGGGCAAAUCACUUCAUCCCAUCUUUGAAUUUGCAAAACCAAAUUUUCUUCCAAAACCUCACUUUAAUCAAUUCAAACUCAAUUAAUCCAAUGGACAAAGAUUAUCACUUUGGUCUAUAAAUUGAGAGCAGAGUUCAGAGCAAAAGAGGACACAGAGAAACAGAGAGAAGAGAAAAAAUCAAAAUCUCAUUUUUUUUCAUCACUUUUCCAAAAUCCGAAAUUGACUCAAACACCCUCUAACCUUCACUUUUCUUCACCCAAAAGCAUCCAAACACUUUCAGUAGAUAAUAACCAUCGAAAAACGAAAGAAAACCGUCCAGAAAAGCCUACCCAAAACUCCAAAAUUGCCAAGAAAAAGGGGUUAACAAACCCACUGAUACAAAGCUCAAAACAAUCAUAUUCCCGACGCCGGUAUUGGACAAGAAACGUCACCAAGCAAAUCAUGGAAAAUUGGCAAGAACAACUUGACCCCCUAAGGAGUGAUAUGGACCAAAUGGCCGUCAAAUUGGACAGUGUCUUGGAGGUGUUAACCAAUCUCAACUUGCUUCCACAACAUGUGUUGGGACUGAAUGCUGCAGCAGUAAGGGCAAACUCAUCAAUGGAUCUUUCUUCGUCAAAUGUGAUAGGGCCUCCGGUCGGUUUACCAGUUGGGUGCACUUCUUCAAGAUACAUGCAUUUGUCUAAUGAUGGGCCUGUCGCCGCCCAAGUCAUCCAAGCGCCAAUGAGUACCAAUACUGAUUUCUUUGCUAGUCAGCCAAGAGCUCAUCAAGUUUUACCAAGGGUUGUCAUACCUCAAAAGAGUCAAGAAAAUCCAAAGAAUGUUUACCAGAAUUCAGGAAUGCCAAGUGUUGAUCCUGGGGCAAACAUUGUUAAUGCCCAUAUUGGGGAAACCCAUCAGAAGCUCAGGGAAAUAAUGGACAAGCUAAGCAAUGUCAGCAAAGUUCAAUUUUGCUCGUCAAUGCCUGUUCAUACCCCCUACUCCCAGCAACCUCAAGGGUACUCUCUUCCGAAGACAAUGCAAAUGCCUAUGAAUCCUACACCACAGCGGACUCAGAAGCAAGCUAGAAAGGUCUUCGAUCUAAUUCCUGUGCCAUAUAGUCAGCUUCUUCCAUAUCUAGUGCACACCGGAAUGGUAAUUCCUAGGGCUCUGAAACCGAUGACCCCGCCGUUCCCAGCUUGGUAUGAUGUUAAGGCUAAAUGUGAAUUCCAUGCCGGUACCAAAGGUCAUUCCACUGACAACUGUCGAGAAUUCAAAAAGAAAGUGCAAGAGCUUAUUGAUAAACAAUUGUUGACCUUCAAGCAAGACAGGCUAGAUGUGAAAGAUAGUCCAUUGCCGGAUUACGCUGGUUCAUCUGCAAAGGCCGUCUAAGAGUUUAAAGGUUAUCGACUAGUCAAACAAGAAUCAAGCUCAAGGACUGAUUAUCUUUAGACUGUUUUCAUUUUUGUAAUUUUCCUAUUUGCAAAGUUUGAUUUGUGCUUAAACUUAUUUAUUCGCAAUAGUAAUCAUAAUAAAAUGUGUAUGCAUGUUUCGAAUUAAUCUUUUCAUGUCCAUUCACUUUUCUCUCUUCUCCACAAAAGCAAAAAUAUAUAUUUCACUCAUUUCGUUUCUUUCAUUAUCAAAUCUGUUUGAACAAAGAUUGGAGGGAGGAUGAUGAAAAACGAAAUAACCAAAAUUGCUAUAGUAUGCUUUCGGAUAAAACUUUGCUGAUGAUGUAAGGCAUUGUUUCAAAUCCCCAAACACUGGAGAAAUAAGGAAGAUAAUCCGUAGUCACCCCUGUUGAGCCUAGAAGUUGGUGUUUCUUUUUUAUAUGAAAAAACCCGCAUUUUUAACCCGGGGCAGGGUAGUGUUCAGUUAAUUCGACCAUGCGUUCGAGUUUCAAGAGAAGAACAUCUCAUUCGAGGAUCAAUCACAUUUUCUACCUUGAACACAUCACACAAUGUCAAGGAAAUAAAAGAGAGUCAAAAAGAGAAUUUGUUUUCCUCAACCAUUGUCGAGGCAGUCACAAUUUCCAAACAAAAAGAGAAAAGCCCGCUAAGUCAAAACUCAAAUUGACUUAGGCAAAAGUUAGGGCAUCCCGGUGGACUAAAAACUCAAAAAUAGUCCAGGCAAAAAUUAGGGAUCAUAAACAAAAAAGAGAACAAAAAAGAGCGUCACCAAUGAUGUCGAAAUCAUGUGACCAAAAAGAAGGAAGUGACUCUCACGUCAUAGAACAUCGUUGACCUCUAAGCCAUCGUAUCCUCACCGUCGCGAUUCCAAAAUCUCUUGGAACUUGAGAGCAUAGUUUGAAUUAACUGAAUGUAGGACUGAAGAACAUCAUGGAGAAUGGGGUGGGUUAAAAUAAAAUUUUGAGCCUUAUAUCCUUUUAUUCAAAAAAACGUGAAUCAGGCCACGUUACAACCCUCAAAAGACCUAAUUGAAGCAAGGUUUAUUUUGAAAGCAUGCGGUAGCAAGGUUGCGUUAACCUGACUCCGAAGAUCUUUUGUUAAUCAUCAGUGUUGAUAUCAUACUCUCACACCUCUUACACAAAUAUUCAUCCAUUAUACAUCAAUUUCAUCUCAAUUUUGAUUUCAAAACUAGCAUAGACAUUGCAUUAGGAUUACUAUUUUGCAUAAACAGGUUUAUCUGUAAAUCAGCACUUAACAAUAAGGAAGUUUCAGCUAUGAACGGUCACCAAGUGAUCAGCAAGAAGUUCGGUCCAAUCUGGGGCAACUAUCUCGGGACUUCAUUUAACCAAGAGGCACGUUCCCUAGGAAGGCUAUUCAAUGUGGGGAAAGUGACCCAAAAUCACAUCAUGGCAAGCUACAUCAAAACCCAGGUGUUCAAAACCUAAUGAACUGGUUCAAGAUGUUCCUAAUUAGGGGCAAACCACCUUGGGAUCCUGACAAUCAAGAGUGAACCCUUGUGACUAGGGGCACCUGAAGAUCUCGUUGGUCCGACCAAAACAUUUCAAGAAUGGGGCAAUCAGGGUUGCACCUCCAAAACGCCAGUUUGAUCAAAGAGCAUACCUCCUAGAAAAGGGGCACCAAUAUCAGUGAAUUGGCUAAUCACUUCAAAGACGCAAUUGACUAGGGCAAGACAGGUUACACAGGGGCAACUCCUCCUCAUACCUUCAAGGCGGCCAAGCCAAAUUUAGCAUACAUCCGCAACUGUUGAGUCCGAAAUUGGCGUCGGGAUUAUGUUGACACAACAUCAGGCCACCUUUCCACAAAAAGCCUUGAACAUUCACCGGUUCUAAAACCAAUCCUCACCCACUACAGGGGCAUUCAUAGUAACAUACAAAUCAUCGCAUCAAUCAUCUUCAUGCAUUAAUCAUGUCAUUUCAUUCUAGCAAAUCGACAUCACACAUUAAUCAUGUCAUCUCAUUCAUCUGGUACGCCCCAUACCACAAACUCAAUAACCUCGAGACUAGACAGUAAAUCAAAUAUCCUCAAGCAAAAGUUCAAUCGUUAUUGGCACCAACUCAAAGCCCAAUCGUUAUUGGCACCCACUCAAAAGUCCAAUCGUCAUUGGCACCCCCAAAAAUCCAAUUGUUAUUGGUACCCAGCUAAGUCCAAUCGUUAUUGGCACCCACCCAAAAUCCAAUUGUUAUUGGUACCCAGCAAAAGUCCAAUCGUCAUUGGCACACCCAAAGCCCAAUUGUUAUUGGCACCCACUCAAAAUUUCAAUCGUCAUUAGCACACCCAAAGCCCAAUCGUUAUUGGCACCCACUCAAAAGUCCAAUCGUCAUUGGCACACCCAAAAUCCAAUCGUUAUUGGUACCCUCAAAAGUCCAAUCGUUAUUGGCACCAACUCAAAGCCCAAUCGUUAUUGGCACCCACUCAAAAGUCCAAUCGUCAUUGGCACACCCAAAAUCCAAUCGUUAUUGGUACCCUCAAAAGUCCAACCGUUAUUGGCACCAACUCAAAAUCCAAUCGUUAUUGGUACCCUCAAAAGUCCAAUUGUUAUUGACACACACUCAAAAGUCCAAUUGUUAUUGGCACACCCUCAAAGCCCA